GUUUGACAACAACACUGUAUUAAGCUAGGUAGGCCUAGGGCCUGGCCUAAUCGGUAACUCACGCAGGCCUGGUACUGUACUGCAGUCACGAUUAUGGAACGAUCUGAGAAGAAAGAUGGCGGCGCCCAUGAAGCUAUUUCAUUCUCCAGUCAGUUUGGACGCUGUUGCUUGGUCAGAAGACAAUAGAAUAGCCAUUGCAACUCCAAAAUGUGUUUAUGUUUUCUCUCUGCAGUGUGACCCAUCUGAACAGAAUAGUGACUUUGUCUAUCUCAAGUCCAUCAUCAGGCGGCAUGCCACCAUUUUGGAGUUUGAUGUCGGCAUUACUUUGAGCACGUUAAAGGAGGAUAAGAGACAAUACCAUGUGGUGCGGCCCUUCCUGACAGACCGGACGCUUUGCCCACCUCCGCACAUUUGUCAAGAGGACAGUAUUGAGAGGAACAGCUUCAAGCUGGUCAGGUGGUCGCCGGCCGGCACCCAGAGAUUUGACAGUAUUUUAUUAGCCUGCUUGGGAUUGGAUCACAGACUCACAGUCUACAAGAGGACGUCUAAGAAAGGCAAACUGGCCAUGGUUGCGGAUCUCUCCCUCGUUUUGAGCCAGCUCCUCUCCCAGCGAAGGUACGCUCAUAUCAGUGAGGAACCACGCCCUCGUCUACCCACCUCAGCCUCGCCAGAGGCUCAAUGCGCAGAAUUCAGGCAUCGUGUCUACAUGCUAGCUGCUGUCACAAUGGACUGGUCCGGUACCUUUGGCCCCACGUCGGGUCUCAACCAGGCAGAGGGACUUCCACUUGAUGGCAUAAGUGAAUACGAGGAAAACUCAUUCAGAUUAUUGGCAGUUGCUAUGAAAAGCGGUCACGUUGUAAUCUGGAAGUUCCGAGUGCAUUUGAAGAGCGAGGCCGACAUCAGUUUAUACAGCACGUUUGACAGUGGGUACCAGUGGCCAGUGUCCCUCUCAUGGUGUAGGGAGCCAGCUGUGCUGAUUGCCGGUCAAACUACAAAAGCAUGGCUUGCAGUUGGUGAUAGAGAGGGGCGUAUCUCAGUUUGGAGCUUACAGGAAGACAGUGAAAAGUCAAUACCGACUUUCGAUAAAUGUCUGGAUGUCUGGAAAGACAAGGACUUGAUGUCUGUAUCCAAUAUGGCGUGGACCACGGUUGCUCCCACAGAGGAGUCGCCAGGUACUGCAACCCUUGUUGUGACCAAAGGCCUAUUUCUCAUGGCAUUCCUGGUUGACCUGGGCAGCAGGACUGUGGUUCGGCACACCCACACCCCUGACCAACACACUGUACCGGCAUCAAGUAUGUGUGUUUCUGGAAGCAUAGUGUUGACAAGUAGCACAUUUGGUGCGGUUCAUCAGACCGUCAUCGACUGGACAAAGUCGGACCGAGUUUGGGAGAUGGAAGUUUUGGAACCCCCAGAUGCAAACACCAAGUCUUCGGGUAUUGCACUCUCGCCCCAUGGCAUCUUUGUAGCAAAAGCAGUGACGGCUCGCAUUGGCAAGAGGAAGCCUUACCCAAAGUCCCUGAAUUUUCACACUUUGGGAAAGAUGGACACCGUCCUGGCCAGAUUGCUGGACUGCCAAAGAGACCUGGGCGAGAAGACUGACCUGCUAGAGUUCAUCCGCCAGACGGCGGUCAACGCAGUCAACGGCCUCCCUCCGGAGUUAGAGUCCCUCGCCGACGGGGAGUCGAUCGUCGAGGCCUCGCGGGGCCGGGAACAGGACCGCUCCGACUGCUACACCCUGCGACUGCGGCGGUUCCUGCUGAGGCUGAGACUGGGCAGGGCCCGGGGGGCCGGCAAGGAUGCCGAGGGGGAGAACGGGAAGGAGGGACAGAUACAGCAGCUGGAAGCAGGCAUAUUGGAGAUCGAAAGAGAGCUGCGACAACUGCACAUAGUGAAGGCCCUUCAGUCAUGGCAAAAAAUGUCCACAGAAAAAGUUGCUGACAAUGCAACAUCUCAUACCACCGCACUGUUGCUGAUGGCUGAUUGGCUGUCAACCUGCAGCAGAAGCAAGGAUGAGCCAAUCAGGAGUCUGGUUACAGAGGCCUAUAAAUGCAAUCCUCACGUAACAGAGGUGGGGAAGAGAGAGUCAUGUGACCUGUGCGGAGAAAUUAUAGCAUUCACCAGUGCAAUUUACGACGCCUGCCUCAACGGACACAGAUGGACUCGGUGUCAGUUGAGCCUACUGCUGUGCCAGACAACGUCCAAGACUCGCGAGUGUGUGCUCUGUGACGGUUUAGCCCUGUCAGCACAAGACCAUUCUGAUUGUGUCUGGCUGAGGAAAGUUCUACAACAAUGCUGCCCCGUCUGCGCAUCUGUGUUUGUGCCUUCGUAGCCACUACAAAAAUAGUCUUAUCUCAAUUCAACAACUGAAUGAAACAUAUACCGUGCGCGGAACAACUUUAGAGGGCGCUUUGAGGAUGGUUUGUGACAGCCUCAUUGGUGGUUCAAAACUUAAAAUGGUUCAGAACUACAGGUGACUCACUGACUACCUACCAAACCAGAUGCGCACCAGAUGUGUAUGAGAAACAUUAGUCAAAGUUGUAGUGGCACAGUAAGUGGGAAGCUUUGAAAGACCGUGUCCGAUUUACUUGGCUAUGGCUAGAAAUUGCCUACAAAUCUAUGGGAACUGGCUGCAGCCACUACCAUAGACUCGUGCGUAAUUUCAAGCAGCUGCUAAGUAAUUCGGACGUGGCUAAAAUUGACCUUAUGGUUGGAGUUGCUGUUUCCUCAUCAGUUCUACUUCAAGUACUGGUCAAGGGACAAGGUAUCAGACCUUUAAAUGUCCGGGGGGGCGAGGCAGUAGGGAGUGGAGUCUUUUGUACGAAAAGAUACUUUCAGAGGAAAAUGGGAGCAUUGGGUUAACCCCUUCGCGCCGGGAUUCUAUUGACCGUGACUGCUGGGCUGUGGUAUACCCUGAAU